GGGCAUCCCACGACGAAAAAAAUAAUCCCAGAAGCUUUCUUGAAAAUUUGUGGAAGGUUAACUUUGAAAUCAACAAAUUAACCACCAACAACGACAACAUAUUAUCGACAAAAUGUCUGCCGUUGAUUACCUUCUCCAUGAGUCGGCCACUGGUUUCGCAAUCUUUCAGGUUGUGCAUCAAGCCGACACCAUUGGCAAUCGAUUGAAGGAAGUUCAAGAUGCAGGUCAAGAUCUCGCGAAAUUUGGCAAAAUGGUCAAGCUUGUCAACUUUGCGCCAUACAGGUUAGCUAUUCAAUGCUUUAGAGAGCGGAGUGUUUGAAUUGACAUUUACUCUAGAAAUGCUGCUGAGGCGCUCGAAAAUAUCAACAUGAUCUCCGAGGGUGUACUUUCCGAUUACUUGAAGUCGAACUUGGAAUUGAACAUGCCAAAGCCAUCGAAGAAGAAGAAGGUUAUUCUUGGAGUUUCCGACAAGACUUUGGCUGGUAGCAUCAAGGAGGAAUUUCCAGGUGUUUCUUGCGAGACUGGUGAAACUUCUGAGGUUGUCGCAGACUUGCUCAGAGGAUUGCGAUUACAUGCACCAAGAUUGUUGAAGGGUCUACAAGAGGGUGAUGUCGAGAGAGCUCAAUUAGGUCUUGGACACGCAUAUUCGCGCGCUAAGGUUAAGUUCUCAGUCCAGAAGAACGAUAACCACAUUAUUCAAGCUAUUGCUACUUUGGAUCACCUCGACAAGGCCGUUAACACAUUCUCCAUGCGUGUCCGUGAAUGGUACGGAUGGCACUUCCCAGAACUUGUUCGAAUCGUCUCGGAUAAUCACACAUAUGCCAAGCUUGCAUUGGCGAUUGGUAACAAGAAGAACUUGAACGACGAACAAUUACACGACAUUGCCGCUAUUGUUAAUGAUGAUGGAGAUAUCGCGCAAGCAAUCAUUGAUGCCGCAAAGGUUUCUAUGGGUCAAGAUAUCUCAGUAAGCGACAUGGAGAAUGUUUCAGCUUUCGCAAACCGUGUUGUCAAACUCGCCGAGUACAGAAGGUCCCUUUUCCAAUACUUGACCGACAAGAUGGCCAUUGUUGCACCUAACUUGGCUGCUUUGAUUGGUGAAGUUGUUGCUGCUAGACUCAUUUCCCAUGCUGGUUCCCUCACCAACCUGUCAAAAUACCCAGCUUCCACCGUCCAAAUUCUAGGUGCUGAGAAGGCAUUGUUCAGAGCACUCAAGACCAAGGGUAACACACCCAAAUAUGGAUUGAUCUACCACUCCAGCUUCAUCGGUCGUGCAGGCGCAAAGAACAAGGGACGCAUUUCCAGAUUUCUGGCAAACAAGUGCAGUAUCGCAAGUAGAAUCGAUAACUUUUCCGAGGCACCAACCAACAAAUUCGGUGAGGCAUUGAGAGCUCAAGUCGAAGAAAGGUUAGAUUUCUACGCCACCGGUACCGCACCAACAAAAAACCAAGAUGCUAUGGUAAGAAUUUUGGAAAGUUACUACUCAUGAUCUCUUGGCUAAUAUAUUUAAUAGAAAAAAGCAAUGGAUGCUGUUCUCGGUGACAUCAACGUUGAGGACCCAACCGCCGAAGACACCGAAAUGGCCGACAUCGCCCCUACAUCUGUCUCCAAGCAAGAGAAGAAAUCCAAGGACAAGAAAGACAAAAAGGAGAAGAAGGAAAAGAAAGACAAGAGCGAGAAGAGCGAGAAGAGCGAGAAGAAAGACAAAAAGAGAAGACACAGUGAAGCCAAUGGUGAAGAGGAGGGUGAGAAGAAAAAGAAGAAGAAGAGCAAGGCGGAGUAAAUUUCUUCUUCAUCAUUGUACACAUGACAUGGUUUAGACUUCUUCUCCUUCUCCCUUUCCUUUUCUCUCUAUCUUGUAAAUUUCGGGCACUGCAGCUGGGUCACUUUGGCGGAGUAUAGCUGUGUUAUUAUCGGCGUUGAGGAAUACUUUUUGUUUUCUUACUUACCGUAUCUCUCUGGCUUUUUGCUUGCAUGCAUACGUAGGUACUUUAAAUGGCUAGACGACAGACACUAUGAGGUGCAUAAAAUUGGAAAAAAGCAUAUUAACUCGAUACGUUUCUGGAUCAUUUUUCUUUCUA